AUGAGCAAUUAAAACAAUUCUAAAUACUAACAUAAGGACAAUUUCUAAUCCAAACCUAACUUCUUCUAACUCAUAGCCAAAUCAUAUCGCACAUACUAUUUAAAUAAAUGUUACCCUCUAAUUAAGCUAUUUAAGCGUUCCUUUUGGUUUUCUUUUGUAUUAUUAGCUCUUAAAUCAGUUCUUCUUUUAUUGACUAAUGUUGAUCUAGAUAUAAAAAAUUAUUUGGACAAAAGUCAAAGCACAUCUAUUAGCGCUAAAAUAGAUUCAAUAAACUAUAAUAUUAACAAUUCUUAUAGAUAGAGCAUCUUAUAAUUUAUUUUAGUUAUCAAUGUUUAUAUUUUAUUAAUUCUAGCUAUUGAGUUUUUUAUAUCUCUAUCAAAUACCUUUAAAUCCUCUGUAUAAAUUUUUUCAAUUACUGAAGAUGAAGAAAGCGAAAUAAAUACUAUAAAUAGUAUUAAUGAAAAUUAAAAAGAAUCAUAAUUUUUCAACCGGAGUCUUACAACUUAUAAGAUAUUAUCACUCUUGCUCCAAUGUUAUCCUUAUAUAAUAUACAUUCCUUCGUUGAGUAUAUCUCUUUAGAACCUCAAUUUUCUAUCUUAUAUUAAUCUACCAAUUACUAUCAUUAUAAAUUUAUUUGUUUCUUUACAUGAGUUUAAUUAUGAAUUCUCUCAAGAAAGAGAUUACCUAGCACGUAGAAAUUAUUGGUCUUAAAUGGUUAUUUUUAUUUUAGACACUACUACUAUUUGCGUACUAUAAUUGCAGUCAAACAGCUCAGUCUUACUAGGCAUUAAUAUAUCUCAUUUCUUCGUAAUAGCUGUUUACGAGUACUAUUAUGUACCUAUUAUUUAAAAUACAAUCUAAUAUUUUUCAUUGGGUAUUUAUGUAAUGCAGUUUUUUGUAACAGCCUAAAUCUUAUUCAAUAAGCAGUUGUCAGUAAAUGCUGAUAACUUUUUAAGUUUCUUUGUCAUCGCACCUCUAAGUUGGAAGAUAGGAUAUAACUUAGCCUAGUACAGGAUUAGUAGUAUUGUAACUAAAAAUCAUUAAAAAUUUAAAGAUAUAUAUAAACAAAUGGGAUUAACCAAUCAGAGAGAAAAAAAUAUACUUCACUCAAAUUAAACAAAUAUAAACUCACCAGGUAUAUUACAGUUCGAAAUUUACAUUAGAUUCCUUCUAGAUAACUUGAAAUGCUUUUUUGAUGAUUUUUCAAACAGCUAAUAUGGAAUUUUGCUUUAAGAUAUAAUUGAAUUACACAAAGAGAAUUGUUUUGAGUCAGAAGCUUCUUCUUGCUUUUGUAGAAUUGUAAAUAAAUAAGAGGACAUUGACAGAAAUUAGUUUUUAGAUAAAAAAUGGCGUUUUUAAUUUUUGAAUAGCUACAUUACUGAUCUCUUUGUUUAUUCAAUUUAGAAGCUUUAAAGAGCUCCUUUAUCAGACAUAGAAAGAGAGCAUUUAAAGAAUCGCUAUUUUUAUAUUAAUGAACAAGCAAAUAUCUUAAAAUUCCAAUUCAUUUCUUAUCUUAUUGAGAUUCAGCGAAAUGAAACUUUAGCUUUUAAAGAAUUGUUGUCUCUUGGUAAAGAUAUUUGUUCUGAAAUAGAUCAGAAUCAAGAUAUGAAAGAUGUGUUUAAUAACAAAGAAUCUAAAAAUAAAACAAAAUAAACAGUUUAGCUAUCACUUAGAGACUAACUCAUAGUCAGGUAUCUUUACUAGAGAUCAUUGUAUAGCUUUAAAUUCUAACAGUAAAUUCAUUUGAGAAAUAAAUAACAUGAGAAAUAUAUGCUCUUUUCUAUUAUGUCAUUUGAUGAAAAGAUGCAUAUUGCUUAGGAAAUGUUAAGAAAUUGCAUUGAAGAUAAGUCUAUAUUAAUUAAAAACUUAUCUUAAUCAGAAAUUAAUAUUGAACAAGUGUUUCAAGAUGGAUUAAAACUAAGAAAACAAAGACGUGAUCUCAUGAAAAUGCUAAAAUAAUUAAUCAAUUUAAAUAGUUACUGUUCUUAACUCGAGGAGAUGUGCUAAUUUUUUGACUCAACAAUUAAUUUUGACUUAUCUUUGCUCAAAGUAUUGAAAAAAAAGAAAGAAAGAGAAAGUGAAUCUUCAAACAGUAAAAGAAAAUAAAUUUUUUUUACAAUUUAAAAAUUUUAUUCACCUGACUCCACUGUUGCUUUUGUUUCAUUGAUGGGUAAAGUUGGAAAAAUAGUUAAAGUAUCAAAUAAUUUUUCUCAAAUUAUACCAAACUUCACAAAUAAAGAAAAUAGCAUUUUAGGUAGCUCAAUAAAUUGUAUGAUUCCUCCUUAGCUUCAGGCUGCCCAUGAUGCUAUUCUUCAAGAUUUUGGAAAAUAAGAAAUUAUGUAAACAGCACUCAAAGAUCUUCCUUUAAUUAUUGGUGUUGAUAAAAACGGAUUCUCUGUACCAUACUCCCUAAAAUUAUAAACCUAUCACGAUAUUAUUAAUCAUGAGUUAGGUAUAUGUGCUUGGAUAAAGCGACUUAAUUUAAACUAUUAAAAUCAUUUUUAGGAUGUUUAAUUUAUCAAUGCAAACUUAAACUAAAAUGCAUCUAUAAUAAAUGCAUCAUAACAUUUCUUUGAGUAGGUAAUACAUACUCAUUUCCAUUAAAGAGAUAUACAUACCAUUUCUUUAUUUAGCAUGAUUCCUGCUCUGGAAGGAAUUAUAAAGGAUUAUUAGUAAAAACAAGAAAUUGAAAAUCAUUCAAAGUUAGUUGGUGAAAUAUAUGAAACUUUAUUAGUAGAAGUAAAGCAAGAUUAGAAGCAAGCUAACUGGAUGAAAUAACCUCAUAGAGCAAGUUUAAUAAAAUAAAUAUCUAAACUGUAACUACAUUGGGUUUAGAUGGAAGUUAGCAUCGUAAAAAAUAAAUAUAUGAAUAUUUUAUAGAUUCAAAUUAAGAGCAUGAGAAAUUUACAUAAUACUGUAUAAAACUUAACAAAUUCUUUUGAUAACAGCAACAAUCUAAGCCUUAAAAUAGAAGGAAUUAAAUCUCUUUGCUUAUAAUUAAUCUCAAUUUGUGAAUGGAGUCAAGAAGAGAUAUAAUCUCAACUGGUGGAUAUAUAGCUUGAGGAUUGUAGUCCAAUAAAUAGAUAAAUUUCAUAAAGGUAAAAUCAAGCUUCGAUAGAUAUAACCCCUUCAAAUAGAAAAGGAUCCCUAAAUUCUUCCAGUCUGAAUUAAUAUAGAAAAUAUCAGUCAAUUUAAUUUGGCAGCAAAAGAAAAUUUUCAAAUUAGGACAAAGAAUAUGAACUGAUACAUCUCAAAGAAGUAAAAUAAGUAGACGAAGAAGAAGAGCACCUCGAAAAAAAUUAUAAUUUAUCUAUUAAUAAAAUAAGCUUCCCAAGUUUACCAUAAAUACCACUUACAAAUAGAGAAAACUAAUCAUUAGUAGACUUACUUAGAAGUGAUCGUGGCCUUAGCUUUGGUGAAGAAAUAAACUAAAUAAAUGUCUCAAAUAAUAACAUUUUUUUAAAAAAAUAACCCUCUUUCUAAGAAGAAAAAAAUGAUAAUUUUUAAUCUAAUCCUAACAUUUCUUCUUACUAGGAAAUAAAAUAAACUAAUAAAUUAAAUAUAAAUAAUUUCUCUAUUGAGUAUCUGGCUUUUUCACCUAAUAAUAAUGAUUAUUCUCCAUUUUAUCAGCUUUCUAAUUCAAUAACCUAAAACUAAGUUAGCACUAUGAAGAAUAUACUUCACCCACAUAGGUAGUCUAUCAAUUCCUUUCCACAUGGAUCUAACUUAAUCAACCACUCAACUUCUAUAGAAAAAAACACUUCAAAAGAAGACAGCUCUCCAGCAAUAGUAAAAACCAAAAUCUUUAACUCAAUAAAAAGAAAUAAAUAAGGAUAGUAGGUUGACUAUGAAAGUAGUGUAAACUCUAGUAAAACUUCCCAUGAUGGCUUAAAGAGAGAAAUUAUUUCAAAAAUAAAAUCUCAAAAAAAGAUAAGAAUAUUAAUUGGAAUAAACGUGAUUGGUAUUAUUACAAUUAUUGGAUUAUAUUUGUUGAACAUUUAUAACUUUACUAGUCUUAAUUACUUGUUGAGUAAUGAAAAAACUGCAUUUCAUCUAAUAGAUUGGUGCUCAUAGCUGAGGUUAUCUUAUGCUUACAGCUUAUCAGACAUGUAUUUGCUUGUAAUGAUGUAGCUUAAAAUUGUAUAAUUUACUUCCAUGUAAUAAUUUUCAGAAUACAAAUAAUUUGCUCUUCAAAGAUUAAAUAGCUCAUAUUAAACUUAUAAGCAAUUAAUGGUAUAAUAUACAAAUUAAGAUAAAAAUCAGGUGGACGUUUUUAAUACUAUUUUAAAUACUAACAUGAAUGUCUCUGUUUAUUCAACUCCAACAUCAUUUUACAAUAUUACAAUGAGCCUUGACUAUGCUUUAAUAACUUAACUAGGAAAUAUUGCCAUGUAUGCAACUUUAAAUGAUAAAACAUAAAUCCACUAAAUAAAUGCAAAUUAAAACUAUGAAGGACUUAUUAAUCAUCUAACAUUGCUUUAAACUUAAAAUAAUAAUUAAUAUGAUAAUAUUUUGAAUAGUAUAUAUAAUGAUUAAAUGAAUUAAAUGAUAUACGUGCUAGUUACUACAUUUAUAAUUUCAUUAAGUGUUUUGCCAACAUUCUCAUUUAUACAAAUUAAAAGAUAAGAAAUUCUAAAACUAUUAUCUACCUUUUCUCCUGAAAAGCUAAAGCUAAUGAUGGCUAAUUUGCUAAAAAGUAGAUAAAGAAUCAACGAGAUGCUUAUGCAGCAAAAAAUUUCAAACACUCAUUAAUAUAAAAAUAACUAAGCAUCCUUUAAUGAAUCAACUAAUAAAAAGAAGAAAGGCUAAUAAAGCACAGCAGUAUCUCAAAAUGAUGAUGAUUUAUUCUUUUUGGCAUAAACUCAAAUAUAGAAAAAGAGAAACAUAAGUAGCAUCAAACCAUUAAACAAACUAAAUAUCAAAUUAUUAAUUUGGGUUUUAGUGUUUUUCGUUUUCAUGCAAGUCUAUUCAGUCUUAAUUCUAUAUUUUGUAAGUAACUUUAAAAAGAAUAGCACCAGUAACAGAACUAUAAUGAAUGCAUUAACAGAAACUAAAAGCUAAAUAUCAGCAUAAUUUGCUAUGAACUAAGUUAUGAACAUAGUAAUAUUAGCUCCAUAAUUAGUACCUCCUCCUUAUGAUUUAUACUUUGGUAGAGCUUACUAUCUUUCAAACCUAACAAGUUAAGUACUUACUGAUUUAUAUAAUGCACAAUAAGAAGUGCAUAGUUUUGAUAGAUAUCAGCAGGAUUAAUUCAAUUCCUUUUUAAGACCAGUUUUUGAAAAGAAUGCUUGCAAUACUCUAGAAAAAUUUCCCUUAUACACAUUUGAUACCAAUUUCAACUACUCUUAAUGCACAACAGUAUAAGAUGGUUAGCUAAAUUAUGGACUGAUUAACGCUGUUAAGCAAAUGACAGUUUUAUUAACUUAAUAAGUGGAUCUUUUUAAAAUUAACAAUAAAAAACUUUAUAUAUAACAAUUAAAUAUUUUUUAAUAACAGAAUAACUUUUAUAUUUUAGACUUAUUUAGAAACUAAAUUGAUAGCACAAUAAACUCAUCUCUUACAUUUAUGAACCAUGUAAGUGAUAACUUAUUUGACUAUAUGAUAACAGCAAACAUUAUUUUAAUUUCAAUAUAAUCGUUUGCUGUUUUAAUAAUAAUAGUUUUUGGCUGGUUUAGAUAUUAUUCUUAAAUAUAGACUUUAUUAUUAUAAACUAAAUACGUGCUUGAUUUAUUUGAAGUCUAAAUCUUAAUGGAUAAUUCCUACAUAGUUACAUAUCUAAAAAAGAGUUUGUGA